AAUGUGCCAUAAUGAAUGCAUUCUGUUUCUUCUUCCUUGCAGGUAAAACGAGAAAAACCAGAAAAUUUACCAGAUUUAGAAAGCUUGGCGCAAGAAAAAUUCCUUGAAAUGGAGGGCAAGAACAGUGACUCAGAUUUAGAAAGGAAUGAAAAAUAUAUAUAUUUUAAGGAUCAACUUAAGGAGAUGAAAAAACAAUAUCAUGGUAAUGACACCAUUGAACAAAUUGAUGAAGAUAUAGCUGUGACUCGGAGUCAGACGAACUUUAUUUGUCCCAUUACACAGAUGACAAUGAAGAGGCCAGUGCGGAACAAAGUCUGUGGACAUAUUUAUGAAGAAGAUGCCAUUCUAGAAAUGAUCCAGACUCAAAAGCUGAAAAAGAGAAAAGUCCGAUGCCCUAAAAUGGGCUGCAGCCAUGAUGAUGUAAAAGGAUCAGAUCUUGUACCAGAUGAAAUACUUAAAAGAGUGCUUGACAGUCAGAAAAAACAAAGCUGGGCAACAAUGGACAUGUGAGCUGGAUAUGCUACUGCCACAAAGAAAAUUUGUUAUUAGAGGUCUUGUGAGAUAAAUUGCUGGUUCUAAAUCGGUUGUAUAACUGAUUGUUACUUGUUAAGUGUUUAAUUUAUAGGUAAGUCAUUGUUAAAUGUUUCAUUUAUAGCCGAAGUUGAAGGUCCCUGUUGAAGGUCUCUGUUGUAACUGAAAGUAUUUUUUGAACUCAGGAAUAUAAGAAAUUCCAGUUAAACUUGUUUGGGUUUUGUCUACCUUCCUGAAUUUCUAAAAGCUUGCAUUUGGUAAAUAAAGCAUGUUUUUGCAGCAUUUAAA